GGCUUUGCACAUGUAUUAAAGGUGAUCGUAUUUUAGUAUUAAUAGAUGUUAUCAGGUUUUGUGGUUGUAUUACAGUAUCAACAGAUGAUGUUAGGCUUUGUGCUGGAGACGUUUGUAUUAUAUCAACAGAG